CCGCAGCUACAGAAGAAUAAGCAACUUCUUCCCCCACCAUGGACAGUUUUGCGCGUGCGGUGUAUGUAGUGCUGGAGCUGCUGAUUGCCGUGAUGUGUUGCCUGGGCAACCUGCUGGCCAUCUGGGCAGUGCAGGCCAGUGGCUCCCUGCGGAAGCCCACCUUCUGCUUCAUGGCAUCACUGGCGGUGGCGGACUUCCUGGUGGGCGCCGUGGCGAUCCCCGUGGCCGUUCUGGUGGACGGCCGGGUCAGGACCUCCUUCGACAGCUGCCUGUUCUUCAGCUGCGUGACCCUCCUGCUGGUGCAGGCCUCCAUCCUCAUGCUGCUGGUCAUCGCGGUGGAUCGCCACCUGCGCGUGCAGAUGCCCCUCAGAUACAAGCGCAGCUUCACGCAGAGGCGCUGCUGGGCCGUGGUCGGAGCGUGCUGGCUGCUCGCCUUCGCGUUCAGUUUCACGCCCAUGUUCGGCUGGUACAACCGCCAGACCCUGGCCAAGAUGGUGGUGGAGAACUCCACCACCAUCGUCUGCACGUUCCUGUCCGUCAUGCCCAUGACUUACAUGGUCUACUUCCAGUUCUUCGGGUGCACGCUGCUCCCCCUGCUGGUGAUGUGUGCCCUCUACGUCCAUGUCUUCCGCUCCAUCUCCAAGCGACUGCGGAGGAGCCAGGCCCGGGCCGCUGAAUCCCACGCGUACUACGCCAAAGAGCGGAAGCUGGCCAAGUCCCUGCUGCUGGUCCUGGUCCUCUUCGCCAUCGGCUGGUUGCCACUGAACGUCAUGAACUGCGUGACGAUCUUCGGCGGCGACGUCCCUCUGGUCGCCAUCUACAUCGGGAUCCUCCUCACGCACGUCAACUCUGCCGUCAAUCCGGUCGUGUACGCCUUCAAGGUGCCGAAGAUCCGCAGUGCGUACCUGCGGGCCUGGAGGAAGUGUGCCCUCUGCUGGCAACAGGGGGUAUCGCAGAGCACCGAGAGCAAGGACAUCAGCACCAGAACCAAAUCCAUAGAAGACCUGACCAAGGAACGAGAUUAUUCUGAAAGUAGUCGACACACAGUCUAACUGUGUGCCGAUAUUACCAUCAAUAAGCCAUUCUGCUUACUGUUAAUCAGCACCAUUUUAAAACAUCAGGUAGGAUUCAAUCAACAUUUGUCCUUAACUUUGACUAACAAAAUCAAGAAUUAUCAUCAAUAAUUUUUGGCUGGACCGCAACAGCGGGGCCAGCCCUACAAACGCGAAUGUCUGUGACUGAGUGAGUGACUGAGUGAGUGAUGAAGUUACACCAUUGGUCGGCCGGUCCAUCCAUGUAUUAGGUUUUGACCUGGUCUUGUUUUUCUUCACAAGAAUACUUUGUCGAGUUCAGGAAUCUCUGAAAUCUCUUACUUGCCAAACUAAAUUUGCAAAGAAAAUUUCCAACAUUUGCAAUUCCUUGUGAG